UACGACAAUCGUUUCAAGGUGAUCGUUGCAAGAGUGGGAGCAUGGGUUGGUCACAAUCAAAAAGACGAGUGGAUGCACCAUGAAUAUACGAUAGUUUUUUGGGUCUUGUACAGAUUAUUUGAUAGGUGCUGAUCGAGACAAAGUUCUGCAGAGAACUUUUCAAGACCAUUAUGCUUGCAUCAAGAGGGUUAUCAGUAUGCUGUUCUAAAGUGAUGCCAAUGUGGUCUUUUAACAAGAGCCUACGUGCCUUUGGACCUGGUCACAUUUUGGAGAGCAGUGGCACAGGGAGGGGUGUUCAGGUAACAAGAAAGGCCACAGGAUUUCACAAGAUAUCCAGUUUCAGUGGCAGGCUAUAUCCCAGGAAGCAUAACACAGCAAGGUGUUCAACAGCAUACUGCACAUACAACAUGUGUAGCUUGAAGAAGACAAUUCCUUGUGCUGGAGAUCUUGGUAAAAACCUCUUCUUUUGUAGUAGACAGCAGGGGGUUGUCAACUACCACACAGAUAUGGGUAAUGCAGGUGGGAAAGAGGUUGUGGAACUUAUGCAGAAAAUAAAACAGGAAGUAUAUGAAAGCCUCAAUAUCAACUGGCUUGAUAAAUCUGACCCAGCGAUAUGUUAUAGAGAAUUGUACCUUCAAAGCGACAUCAACAGGUGUCUUUCUCCUCAUUUAAAAAAGGUGGAGACAGAAUUGAACAUGAUAUUAGACAAAGCUGAUGAGGAAAAAGACGCAAUGGAAUUAAAGUCAUUGUCCACUCUAGUGCUUAACUUGAUGCAGUUGGGUGUCCACUUUAUUCAUCCGGUGGUGACAUGGGACCUGUUGCUGACCUGUGUCCAGCGCUGUGGCACUGCUGACCUGCCAGCUCUGGUGCCACUAUCAGCAGUCUGCCAACAGUUGUUUAUCACAGAGAAAACUGCUUGGAGAGGGGAUGUUAUAUCUGAGGUAGUGGAACGCUUCAAAGAUGUACUUAGGGAAAAUGAAAAGGAUUUUGAACACCAUGAUCUGGUAUCAGUUUUACAAAUAGCUGAAAAAUUGAGUCAUUUUAUGAGCGACAACAUGUUUAGGGAUGUUGCCAGUCGCGUCAAUUCUGAGGUGGAGAAGCAUGAUCUCCGUAUUCUCAACCAAGAUGCUGCUGAGAUCAUCAAGCAUGUUAUAUUGUUUAUGUCUGCCCCAAGAAAAUUUGGCCUUUACAGUCCAAAUAGAAGUAUUAAAACAGAUGAAUACUUUCCCCUGCAGGAGAUUGUCUUUUCCACUCUGCAAGCCAACAAAGAAGAUGUUGUCUCUGUUCUUGGACACCAUAUCACACAGCAAGGUCUUAUGGUUAUUAGUAAUUUAAACCAUCGUGCAGUUAGUUUGCGCCGUAGUGUUCUCAACAGCUGUGUACAAUCCAUAUCUGGGUUCCAUGGCAGUGAACCUUUAAGUAACUCAAAAUACCAGACUGAUUUGAUACCCAAAGUUGAUGUUGAUGUAAAUAUGGAGAAAGGUAGCAGUCAGUUGCCGGGUCCAGAUUUUGGGGGUUUGCUUUGUGCAGUAAGCACUGGUUUGUUUAAGGAUUCUGACUGGUGGAUCUUGCAAGAGGAACUCUUUAAAAGUUUACGUCAGGGGAGUGUCUUCAGCCUGAUAGAGGUAGCAGACGUGCUAAAAAGUGGUCGUAGAAUUCUUGGGUCAGUCAAAAAUGCAAGUCAGAAAGAGUUCAUAAUGUGUUUUCUGCAUUGUUGGAAUGACUUAAAUGGGCAUCCACGUGAAUUAAGAAUGAUUUUAGAAUGUAUUGCAACGUUGGCACAUCCAUUUUAUGGCAUCAGGGAUAAUGAGCUGGUGUCAUUAUUAACCAGGCACUUGCAGAGUAGAUGUUAUAUGCUACCAGUCAAGGAAUUGAUGCACAUUACCUCAAUCAUUAUUUCUUUUUCAUCUAAACCAAGUCAACCAUUUUUAGCAAGACCAUUACUAGAGCGUAUGAAGUCUGGAGAUGUUCAUAAAAUGAUUUCUCUUAUUCCCCGGAAUAUUUUAAAAGCAUUUCAUGACUUGGAAGAAUUCCAUGUUAUUGGCAAACUACUCGAUGAAAUGUCUUUGAAGGAUAUAACAAUGCCAGACAAGGACAACUUGGAGAGGAACAAGAGAGCAGGAAUUGUUACAUGGGCAAAAGCAGUUGACAGAGCCUGCCUUAAACAGGAUUACCCCACAGAUGCUUUCUACCUCCUUACCAGCCUCGAGUUUUUAGAAGCUCUUGAACCUGAUAUGAUCA